AUGCAAUAAAGAGAGAAAGAAAUAGCUCUGGGCCUGGUGUCACACUUUCGGUGGUGAACGAGAUAGCAUGGGUGUCGGACAUCAACUAUCGGCGUCGUUAGUGAACUCGGUCAGAGUCACCGCCGUGGCCGAGCGGUUGGCUUCUCACAUUCUUCAUCCCGGCACCAAAUCUGGCAUCAUGGAGUUCUUUAAUCUCUGCGUCUCUCUUGCCAGGGGGAUUGAUUAUGCUGUUGCACACAAUGAAGUUCCUGUCAAAGCUCAAGAGUUACCUCAAUUGUUGAAACAGGUAUGCCAACAGAGGAGUACUCUCUUGCUGAAAGGUGCUAUUAUGGUGCUGAUGAUCUCAGUUAAGAAUGCUUGUAAGAUGGGAUGGUUUUCAGACAUGGAUAGUCAAGAGCUUCUUACCCUUGCUGAUGAGAUAGGGAGUGGCUUCUCAAGACAUGGAGAUAUUAAAGCAGGUCCAAGCAAUUUGGUUUCCACUAUCUCAACAAUUAUGACCAUGUUUUAUCCACAAAUGAAGAUGGGGCCGAUGCUUGCUUCUCUUGAAGUUAAGCCUGGAUAUGGGGCAUACAUGAUCGAUUUUGCUAUCUCAAAGAGGACAGUACAUUCUCCUUCCGAAAUACGGUUAUUUGUCGCACAAACGGAUAAUAUAGAGACUUCUGCUUGUAUCAUAAGUCCCCAAGAAGCAAACUUUCUUUUGAAUGGAAAGGGAGUUGAUAGAAGAACUAAUGUGUUGAUGGAUCCGGGGCCACAGUUGCCAACAAAUGUAACUGCAAUGCUUAAAUAUGGAACAAAUCUUCUUCAAGCAGUGGGUCAGUUCAAUGGUCACUAUAUUGUAGCUGUUGCUUUUAUGAGUAUGGAACCAUCACUUGAUACUUCCUCACUGCAAGAUUAUGUUCAGUCUGAUAUCGCUGUAAAAGAUUCAGACUCUGACGUAAUUGAGGGGCCAUCAAGAGUUUCACUUAAUUGUCCAAUAAGUUAUACACGUAUCAGAACACCUGUCAAAGGGAAAGCUUGUAAACAUCUUCAGACCAUCCUGGCGCUGUCCGCACUGCAAUCAGCAUGUUUGCUACACUAAUAUACGUGUUGAUCAAAAUAUGGUUCAGGUCCUGAGAGAAGUAGGAAAAAAUGUUGUUGAUGUAAUUAUCUCCUCAGAUGGAUCAUGGAAAGCUGACCUGGAAAGUGAUGACAACAUGAAUCAGGCACAUGAUAAGAUCCUCAGUGGUGAGAACGAAGGCUU